ACAUUGACCAUUCAGGUGCAGUGUCACUUUAAGAACCUUUGCACAGACCGGAAGUGGUACUAUCAAAUUGCUACCAGGUCUAAUCCAGUUGAGCAGAGAAGGGGAGCUGUAUUUCUGCAUUAUUUGUCAGUAGCCUACCUCACUGUUCAGGUUAGGUUUGUGCGUUUUCACAUUAACUCCGUCUAAACGAUGGCCCAUUACGAAGAAGUAAAUGUGCGAGGCUAUGAUGAAUUCUGUCAGGCUGUGUCUGAGAGAAAGGGAAAGGACAUUUUUGCUUAUUUUUCUGGUAAUAAAGACGCCCAAGGAAAGAGCUGGUGUCCAGAUUGUGUGAAAGCCGACCCAGUUGUAAGAGGACAGAUGACUCAUCUUCCUGAGGGCUCUGUCUUCAUCUACUGUCAAGUUGGAGACCGAGCCUAUUGGAAGAAUCCAAACAAUGACUUCAAGAAGACUCUGAAGUUGAGUGGAGUUCCCACCCUCCUAAGAUACGGCACACCUCAGAAACUGGUGGAGGAGGAGUGCUUCAAAGCCGAGCUGGUGAAGAUGAUGUUCACUGAGGACUGAAGGAUCCCAUGCUGCUAACAUUACAAUGCAUUCAUGAUCACUGUUAAACAGUACAUUGCAUUUAACACCAUUCAAUUUCAGCACUACUGCAUUAAUGAAAAUUUCCAUUUACAAAAUGCUGCUCCCACUGUAAUCUCACGCAAAUACACUGUGUGCAUUUAAAUUCUAAAUAAUGAGCCUCUUUUGUAUGUUCAACUAACUCUGUACUGGAUGAACACAGAAUUGAUGGGAUUCAUACACAUUUUAUGAUUUUGUUAAAACAGUCAAUCCUGAAUUGUCAUUUGAAGCUGGCAUAUUUCUUCAGAUGUAAUGCUACUCUAACAAAGUAGCUGGUUAUAAGAAUAUUCUGGGAUUUUUUAAAUUUUAUUAUCAUGACAGUUUUUUAUUUGAUUUUUGUUGCUUUGUUAGACUAAAUUAACACUUGAUGUAUCUUCAGAUAUUGCAAAUGAUAUUCGUAGUUUUUGUUCUGCGAGUUCAAAGUAAGUUGCUCUUACGCUACAAGUGUUUUUCACCAUUUAAGGACUCUUUUACUCCUUGCACCUUGGAAGAUGGGAAGUGAUGGAAAUACUUCAAUAAGUUAAAGUAACAAUACCACAGUUUCAAAAUUAUUGCAAGCAAAAGUAGAUAAGUAUUAUCAGCAAAAUGUACUUGAAUUGUGGAAAGUAAAAGUACUCAUGCUGCAGUAAAAUGUGCCCUGUGAUA